UCCUUUUGCUGUUCUUCAAGAUGAGUGAAGAGAAUGGUGAAGAAGUUCAAAAAACUCGCCCAACACCACGUUUGAAUGAAAGGAUUCUUUCAUCUAUGUCAAAGAGAUCAGUUGCUGCACACCCUUGGCAUGAUCUUGAAAUUGGACCCGGAGCACCACAUAUUUUCAAUUGCGUUGUAGAGAUCACUAAGGGAAGUAAGGUCAAAUAUGAACUUGACAAAAAGACUGGAUUAAUUAAGGUCGAUCGUAUUCUGUAUUCGUCCGUUGUUUAUCCUCAUAACUACGGUUUCAUCCCUCGAACUCUAUGCGAAGACAACGAUCCACUCGAUGUCUUGGUUCUCAUGCAGGAGCCUGUUAUUCCUGGCUGUUUCCUGCGAGCAAGGGCCAUCGGACUAAUGCCUAUGAUCGAUCAGGGUGAGAAGGACGACAAAAUCAUCGCGGUCUGCGCUGAUGAUCCCGAGUAUAAGCACUAUACUGACUUCAAAGAACUCCAACCUCAUCGCCUAAUGGAGAUUCGUCGCUUCUUCGAAGACUAUAAGAAGAAUGAGAACAAGGAGGUAGCAGUUAAUGAGUUUUUGCCACCUUCCACUGCUGUUGAAGCCAUCCAACACUCAAUGGAUCUCUAUGCUGAGUAUAUUAUGCAUACCUUGAGGAGAUGAAGAAGAAUGUUGAUGAAUUUGAAUAAGCUGCAACAUUCUAAAACAGUUUUUGAUGAUAAUCUAUAUAUAUUUUUUGUAUUGAGUAUAAUAUUAUACUAUUUGUAUUUUUAUGUGGAGAACAAGCAUAAGUUUGAUUGAAUUUUUGAUUGAUUUGUUAGCCUAAAUUUUGAGGCAUUAUAAUGUGGUAUGUUACCAUGAUAUGACAAGUAAUUUUCAUUUUUUUAAUUGUCUACUAGAGUAUGUAUGAUU